AUGAGCCGACCGACCGGAACGUUCCGUACGUCGCACGUGUUCGCCGAUGACCUCAAGCCGAACGUGCCGGACGGCGACCUGUCUCUGAUCACGGAGCCGGGGAAGCAGGUGAUCGUGCACAACGACCUGGCGGUAUACGGAAAUUCGAUGUUGGCCGGCAUGGUGAAUCCCGUCACGGGUGAGGCCGACAUCCUCGCGGCGCGGCUCAUCCAGCCGGACAAUCAGAGCGACCUCAUCUUGCGAGCAUCUCCCGUGGGGCGCAUCGUCCUCAACGGGGACGUGGAGAUAUCGGGCUCCAUAACGUACGUCGAUCCCGAUUCCAACCUGCUGUGGGACGACAACCUGAUCAUCGGGGAGCGAAAGACCGUGACCCUGGGCCGCUUCCCGGACGCCACGAACUUGGACAUGACGGGCAGCGGGUUGCUGAUCCGCGGGACGGACUACCCGCAGGACCCGCAGAGCCUGUCGCUCACUUGGAACGACGCUGAUUCGAACGUGCUGGAUCCGUAUUGGAGGCUCAACGGGGGCGACUUGCAGAUAAGCCGGGUCAUCGACGGCACUUCGUUCGCGUACAAGCUCGCGAUCGACGGCGAGGGGCAGCUCAUCGUGCAGAAGGUGCACGAGGACUCGUCCACGGAGGACGUGCUCGUCCUGGUUCCGUUGCAGGGGGCGUCGGACGGGGCGUACAGCGAUUUCGGGGGCAAGGCGGAGGAGGUGGACGCGGACGACCCGAAGCGGACGGCCGUGCGCGAGUUCUACGAGGAGACGGCCGGCACGGUCCUGGACCUGGACGCCUGCGCCGCCCGGCUGCAGGAGGAUGCGUGUCACGACGUCGUCGUCUCCAAGACGAUGGGCGGAAACGCGUACAGCAUGUACAUCGUGCACAUACCGUUCCUGAGUUCCUACCCGAGAGCCUUCGAGAAGACCAUGCGCUUCCUCCGGUACAUGAAGGCCAACCAGAAGUUCUUGGAGAAGACGGAGCUCGCUUGGUUCAGCCUCGAGUCCCUGAUGGCGGCGGUGCGGGGCUCAUCCUGCGGGUUCGUCCCCGCGGAGCCUUCUUCGAGGCCCCCGCUGCUGAGGAACGUGUUUGCUUGCAGCUUGCGGCUGGCCGAGGACAAGCUCUCGAACCUCGAGCGCAUACAGUGCUACCCCAAGUACGAUUCGUACGCUCUCUGA